AUGUCGCUUCUUCGACAGACUAACGCCGGCCAUCUGGGCCGUCCCUUGGCGGGCCUGAUCGGCACCUCCGCUCGACAGUGUGCUCAACCCGUCGCUUCGGCACGCCCUACUCCGGCUUCGUGUCGUGGACGCGCAACAGCGGUCGACCCGAACGAUGUCGCCGCAAACGGCGGUGUCGCCUCUUCUUUGUCAGUUGCCUCCGCUUCGACAGCAGCUACUUCUCUGCCAAGCAACGAAGGCGCCAUCCGACAUAAUUGGUCCCGCAAGGAAGUGCAACGGAUCUACGACUCUCCCUUGCUUGAACUCGUCUUCCGCUCCGCCAACGUUCACCGCAUGCAUCAUCCUGUCAACCGUGUCCAGCUUUGUACCCUGAUGAACAUCAAGGAGGGCGGAUGUUCCGAAGACUGCGGAUACUGCUCUCAGUCCUCUAAAUACGAAACGCCUUCCAACGCUUCCAAGCUCGAAGACCUUGAAACCGUGCUCACUGAAGCACGCAAGGCCAAGGCCAACGGAAGCACGCGCUUCUGCAUGGGUGCUGCAUGGAGGGAAGUCGGUGGUCGCAAGCGCGGAUUCAACCGUAUCCUCGACAUGGUCCGCGAGAUCCGUGGCAUGGGCAUGGAAGUCUGCACCACGCUUGGUAUGUUGACUCCGGAGCAAGCCAAGCAGCUCAAGGAAGCCGGUUUGACCGCUUACAACCACAACCUCGACACUUCGCGCGAGUACUACGGUAAAGUGGUCACCACCCGCAGCUACGACGACCGUAUUGGAACCAUCGCCAACGUUCGCGAGGCUGGCAUCUCGGUUUGCUCCGGUGGCAUCCUCGGCUUGGGCGAAGAGCACGAAGAUCGCGUUGGUCUCAUCUGGGAGAUGAGUACGCUUCCCGAGCAUCCGGAAAGCUUCCCCGUCAACGCCCUUGUCGCUAUCCCCGGUACACCCAUGGAGCAGAACAAGCCGAUCACAUUCCAAGAGAUGCUUCGCACCGUUGCUACGGCUCGUAUCGUCCUGCCUGGCUCCAUCAUUCGUCUCGCUGCAGGUCGUCAUCUGUUCACCGAGUCCGAACAGGCCAUGGCUUUCCUCGCCGGAGCCAACGCUAUCUUCACAGGCGAACGCAUGCUUACGACUCCAACCUCUUCCUGGGACGAAGACAAGGCUAUGCUCGGUCGUUGGGGUCUGCGAGGCAUGCAAAGUUUCGAGGACAAGACCAUGGCUUCACACAGCGCCGUCACCCUUGACUCGUCCCCUGCUGACGCUAGCGCAAUCGAGCAACGUCGUGCAAAGGCAAAGGCCAGCGAAGCCUUCCAGUCGGCUUAG